CCGCCCGGGAACUACAGCCGGCGGCUGCCGGGGUGCGGCCGCGAGCAUGGCGGCUCCGCUGGUGCUCGUGGUGCUGGUGGCCGUGACGCUCCGCGCCGCGCUCUUCCGCUCCAGCCUCGCCGCCUUCAUCUCCGAGCGGGUCGAGGUGUCCUCCCCGCUGAACGCCUGGAAGCGAGUGGUUGAAGGACUAGCUCUGCUGGAUUUAGGGGUCUCACCAUACUCUGGAGCUGUCUUCCAUGAGACCCCGCUGAUUAUAUAUCUCUUUCACUUCCUGAUUGAGUAUGCUGAAUUGGUGUUCAUGAUAACUGAUGUGCUCACUGCUGUUGCCCUUUACUUGGCCAUCCAGGAAUUCAACAAAGUUGUGUUCAAAAAGCAAAAGCUCCUGAUAGAACUGGAUAAAUAUGCACCGGAUGUGGCUGAACUCAUCCAGACGCCCAUGGAAAUGCACUACACCCCCCUCAAGGUAGCACUAUUCUAUCUGUUAAACCCCUACACUGUGAUGUCUUGUGUGGCAAAGUCCACCUGCGCCAUCAACAAUACUGUCAUCGCAUUCUUCAUUUUAGCCACAAUAAAAGGUAGUGCCUUCCUCAGUACUCUGUUCCUGGCCUUAGCAACAUACCAGUCACUCUACCCUCUCACGCUGUUCGCUCCAGCACUGCUUUACCUUCUACAGCGCCAGUUCAUACCAGUCAAACUGAAAAGCAAAAGCUUCCAGCUCUACACCAUGCAGUAUGGGGCCCUGUACCUGUGCAAUCUGGGGGUGAUCAUCUGCCUCUCCUUCUUCCUCCUCAACUCCUGGGAUUUUAUCCCAUCUGUUUACGGGUUUAUCCUUUCUGUUCCAGAUCUGACACCCAAUAUUGGCCUUUUCUGGUACUUCUUUGCAGAGAUGUUUGAACACUUUAGUCUUUUCUUCGUGUGCGUGUUUCAAAUCAAUGUGUUCUUCUACACCAUUCCCUUGGCAAUAAAGCUAAAGGAGCACCCCGUGUUCUUCAUGUUUGUCCAGAUCGCAAUCAUUUCCAUCUUCAAGUCCUAUCCCACUGUGGGAGACGUUGCACUGUACAUGGCCUUCCUUCCCGUCUGGAACCACCUUUACAGAUUCCUCCGGAACACCUUCAUCCUGUCCUAUGUGCUCGUUAUCUGCUCCCUCCUGUUCCCUGUUCUGUGGCAUCUAUGGAUUUAUGCAGGAAGUGCCAACUCCAAUUUUUAUUAUGCCAUCACGCUGACUUUCAACGUAGGGCAGAUCCUGCUCAUCUCGGACUAUUUCUAUGCCUUCCUCCGGCGAGAAUACUACCUCACUCAUGGACUGCAUUUGACAAGGCCAGAUGGGACAGAAGCCAUGCUUGUUUUGAAGUAAGGAUUGUGCCCACCAUUCCCAGGACACGGACCACUCUAAGGAACAUGCAAAGCUUGGGGUGUGUGGGGUGGGUGGGGAAGGUUCCCUGAAUGAGGUCUAACUUUGGGAAUGAUGCCUGCUGAGAGAAAGGGCUGAGGUUCUUCUGGGAAUACCCUCCUGAGCUAUGGGCUCAGUGCAGAGACUGAAGAGCUACAAGUAGGAGCUGCAGUGCCUCCAUUGGAGCAUCUCCCUUCUUCCUUAUCUGUGCUUUUCACUACAACCUCAGCCAUCACCUCGGGGCAGUCCAGCAGGAACUGGAGAAAGCAUCUGAGCUAAAACCAGAAAGAGCUCGGACCAUAAACUCUUCACUUUGCCAUCACUGCUUCUGGAGAUGUUUGCUUCUCCAGGAAACUUCCCCUUCACUGCUUUGACCAGUAGCGCUCCUGCUUGGCACAAGGCAACCUCUGGGUACCUGGUUCCUAAGCUUUGACUGCAGGAGCCAUUUGUUGGUUCUGCUGCAGUGGGAUCUGGAAGAAUGAUGUGUGCUCAGGUGCAGUGGGUGAAACAAAUGGGUGACCAAGGCUGACUGACCUGUUGGAAGAAGGAUGGCUGGAGCUGCUGCCACAGGUAAUAAUCUUGGUGCUCAGACCCUGCUAAGAACUGGAACUGGGGUGGAAAGCAGGGUGGGCACCAGGUAACUGCUGUAUCCUGUUGAAGCAAGACACCUUCAUCUCGGGAGCUGCACACAGGAGCAUUACAGGGUCCCAGAAGAAGGCACUACUGUGCAGAGAGAAUCCUGCUGCUUCUCCUUUCUGUAAGGUGGCAAAGCCUGGCAGUGCAGGGCUCACACUGCACCUUUGUGAUUGCCUGGAUGUGGAGAGCACAAGGAGCCUCAGCCACUGCUGUUGUGCAGUACUUGGCCUCCAGGUUUUUCCACAGCCACUUAACACUAUGGGAUAUGCACUUCCCUGUGUUACUGUCUUGCAAGCAGAGCAGUGGUGGCUGCUGGUUGUGCGUGGAGGCCUCCAGUGAGGUACCCCUUGGUUUCCCCAUGGCUCCCCAUCUGUCUGCAUUCAGACCUGCUCACUUCGGGGUUGCUGCUCCUGCUGCCCCCAUGAAUGUGAACCUCAGGCACGUUCCUGCUCUGCUCAUUGUGUGGUAGCACUGAGAAGCAGUAACUGCAGGGUGAAAGCCACUUGCUGGCAUCAGGGCAGCAAGCAGGCAGCUUCCUACUGACCCUAAGGGCUGGCAAUGUGACAACAUCAAACCACAGCAGGUACAGAGCACCUGAGAUGGGACAGGCCCUUGUGUGAACACAUCUCCUUUCUUUCUGGACAGUUAAAACUUCUGCCUUACUGCACUGCUACUGGCGCUUUGGGGGGUGUUAAUCCAAGGCCAGCUCAGCCCCCGCACUUGCCCCUCUGGCUGCGUAAGAGGAGCAUAAUAAACUACAGUUUUAGACA